UUUGACUUUUUCUUGUUGCAACUACUAUCAUUUUAUCAAUAUGACAUAUCUUAGUGAUUCUUAAGUAAUGGUAUUGCUACAGGCUUGGCAUCUAGGAGGAAGAAUCAGUUCUUAAGAAGAAAACAUUUACUAAAUGGACAGAAAUCUAAUGCUUAGCUAAAAAAAAAAAAAAAGAUGUGAUGUCAAAUCAAUUCCAAUUCUAGCUGAGGAGAUAAGUAAUAACAGAAAUGCCAAAUUACAGAGAGCUAAUUAUUUUAUUAAGAGUAGCUUACAAUGGUUCCAAAAUAAUGCACACUUCCUACAAAGCAUAAGAGUAUCAAGGAAAACCCCUCUUCAUCUUUCUUUGUCUUUAAAUACUGAGUAAUUAAAGUUUGUAAGUCACAUUUCUUUCCUCAGAAAGACUGUAAGUAAUACAUGUAAAAGAAGAAAUAAAACUGUAUUGGGGGAAAAGACCCCACAAGGCUUUGAGUGCAGUGAGGCACAUGGCAAGAAGUCACUUCAACAGUAAAUCAUUUACAGUGCAUAAAUUGUGAUAUAAGGCCCCGGUGUGUCAUGCAUGUCUGCUUUUCAUUUGUCUCAUGUUAUGAGAAGGAUAUGAAUGGUAGCUGAAAACUUUGUGAAAGAUUCAAUAACCAGAAAGCAUUUAUAUUUGCAAAAUUGGAAAUUUUGAUGGUUUUACGCCGAAAGAAAAACCCAAGAAUAUUAAUGUGUCCUUACAGUGAUUUUUAGUCAUUAUUGUAAUAUUUAUCUUCAUUAUUUCCCUGCUCUGUGUUUUAGACUAUUUUUUUAGUAUUUAUCUGGAUUGGGUCUGGUUACUUUAUAUGCGGAGCCUGCUUUAAAUAUACAAAAAGAAUUAAUAAAACCCUGUAAAAUCUCAUUGAAUUUUAUUCUGGAGGCCAUUCUUGUAGGUAUUGUUCAAAUGAAUUCCCUUGGUAACUGCUAUUUUCAGUUAUUUUGUGUCUUUUUUAAUAUGUGGACCAGCAGCAAAGGAGGUGCCAUCUUGUUCUUAGUCUCCUUCCUUAGAGUCAAUAAAAAUCUUUAAUUAUAAAUUGCCUUGAAUUGGCAUCACUGUUGUCAUUCUGUUUGAGAGGCAAGAAGAAAAGCCAGCUGUGACCUGAAGUGGUAAUCUUUUUAAGCUUUUUGUUUUUUCCAGAGUUAUAACUGAUGCUGGGAAGUACUGAUGAGCUUACACUUGUAAAUAGCAGUGAACAUAAUAGUAGUUAUCAAAUGCUUUAUCACAUUUAGAAAUGCCCUAAAAAUACUGUCAAAAAGUUUUAAAUAUCUAUUUAUAUGUGAUGGUACCUACACUCACUGUGAAUCUCAAAUUAUUUUCGAUUUUCUUUCAUAGGAGUCUUCUAAAUAAUAUCUUUAUUUCUUUUCUGUUUUCUUUUCCUGGAUAAGGAUACAAAUAAUUUUGAAAUCAUAUGGCAGUUUGAAUAAGGGGCAUUAAAAUCUUGGGAAAGAAGAGCUGAGCACAUGCAUGCUGAGUUUUGUUCCUUUGCUCAUGAAUCUGGCCAGGCAUUCCUGUCACCAGCUAGCAGUGCUGUUCCCUUGAGUUUUUGGUGUUUGUGGCACCAGCUGCUGAUGCUGCUGUUGCUUUCAAAUGUCUGAUGCAUUUCUUGGUUUUAAUACUGUUCUUCACACUGCCACACAAAAUGGGAGUUCUGCAGUUUCAGAACCUAAAGUACUAGGCUGGAACAUGCUGACUUGAAGACCAGAAGACUUUCUGCUCUGAUUUUGCUUUGUACUGGUUUACAGUGAGGGUAAUUAUGGUGCAGUUAGCUGUUGACUCAUUCCCUUCUGCAUGGUUAGUUUUCCAACCUCUUGGUUGAUUGCUCUUGGUUACCAGAGCACACAUCCAUGUUGCAAACAAAAGUAAAUUAAUUUUAAAAGUUGUGUUCUGAGAAGAGCCUUUGUGUUACUUUCAGAUUUAAGACUCCAAAAGUACAUGAAGGUGUCUCUUCCUCCUUCCCUCUCUUUAGGGCACAUACUGCUGUGGCAAAUGAUUGGUUUGUUCUGGGCUUGUUUGCUUUUGUUGGGAUUUUUUUUUGUUGGUUAUGCUGUUUAUAUGUGACCAGGUGAUUAAUAUGAAUAAUUUCCAACCUUGCAGUAUGUCCAUUUUAUUUCUACAUUUUUUUAACAUUAUUUCAGUUCCUUUUAACAGAACAAAUUGAGUCUUUCUGGAAGGUUCCAGGAGAGAUUUCCAAACUGCAGCUAAAACUUGGGAAUUAAGAGCAAGAACAGAUACUUAGUUUCUUACAUAAAAUCACAGAGUUGCUGGAAGUUGUAAUGCAGAAUUUCUGUGUGCUCCAGUAAUCGUGUUUCCUGGUGGUGUAUAACAUUAACUUAAGAAAUUGUCAUUAAUACCUCUGUCUCAGCAGCUUAAGCCUCAUCAAAUUUACUGUUUCACUGCUUGGUAUAGUGUUAAAGUAGGAAACAAUUGCUUUUGCUAUUCUAAAACAGGCAGUUGACUCUAUAAAUACAUAGACUUUAAUUAAAUAUAAUGGGAAGCAUUUUGCAGUUGUGUAAAUUUUCUACAGUGAAAAAGUUCAGUGUCUGGUUUGCUUCAGUAUUUCAACUCUUUCGACUGUUUUACCUGUAUUGUUUGUUUCACAGAAUUGUUAGGGCUGGAAGGGAUUUCUGGAGAUCAUUUAGUCCAACCCCAGACCACCUAGUGCAACCCCAAACUGCUAAAAAAUUCACUGGAUGAAGUGCAUCUGCAAAAGUUACAGUACACAAAACUGGAGCAAAGCUUUGUGUUUAAAAUGGAAGUUGAUGUGAAUGGAGAGUCCAGAACUGCCCUCUCCACCCUCCCUGUGCCUCGUGCAGAGGUGAGUUCUGCAGCCAGGAUGGAAGCAGAAAAGCCACGCUGUUCCAGCACCCCCUGCUCACCGUUGCGGCGGACAGUUGCGGGAUAUCAGAUCCUUCACAUGGAUUCUAACUAUCUGGUUGGUUUCACAACUGGAGAGGAGCUGCUAAAAUUAGCCCAUAAGUAUACGGGAAGUGAAGAGAAUAAAGGAGAAUCUGGUCUUAACUUGGGCUCCAAACAUCUUGAUUCAGGACUUCCACGUGCCUCACGUUUAUACAAAACUAGAAGUCGGUACUACCAGCCAUACGAGAUCCCAGCAGUAAAUGGAAGGAGGAGGAGACGGAUGCCCAGCUCAGGGGAUAAAUACAAUAAAGCUUUACCAUAUGAACCUUACAAGGCACUUCAUGGUCCCCUGCCUCUCUGCCUUUUGAAAGGUAAAAGGGCUCAUUCAAAAUCCCUGGACUACCUCAAUUUAGACAAAAUGAACAUUAAGGAACCUGCUGACACAGAAGUGCUACAAUACCAGCUUCAACACCUUACUCUUAGAGGGGAUCGUAUGUUUGCAAGGAAUAGCACAUGAGCUAUCAUCUCAAAUUUAGAAAUGGUUUCUGAUCUUUUCUCUGUUGCUGCAAAAAUCCACUGUUGUACUGUGUACAGGACUGUUCACGUUAUAGAUGGUUUUAUCAGCUCAGUGUUACCAGAAAGUAAUUCAUUUGAAUACAGUCUUGGCAAUGCAGUGUUCUACAAAUACUUGGAGAGAGAAAUCUUUUCCUGAUCAAGCAGCUUCUGAUGCAGAUUUGACUGCAACUAGUGGAUAUUUCUUUGGACACAUUUUAACAAAAAAAGCUUUUGAUUUUUAGGAUUUUUUUUCUGUACUGCUACAUCUAGUAUUUACAGUAAUUCAACACUGAAAAAUUGGUGAUGUCUGCUUGGUUGUUACUAGUUUUGGCUUGAUGUUAGAAACUGCUCUUGGAUAACUCAAGGAGGUUUUUUUGAUUUUUUAUUUUGUAAAAUGUAUGGGUUUUUCUUAACACAUGGAUAGGAAAGUGAACUUGACGAAUCACUUGCUAUUUAAACAGUCCAAUUCAUGUAUUUUGAGACUGCACUUGUACUGGUAAUGUGAGUGAGAUUUGUUCAUAAAAGAAACCUUUGCUACUUGAAUCCUAUUAAAUUAUUUUUUUAGUUUCUGCAUGGAAGUAAUUGCUUUGUCCCUUUUAUUCUAUAAAACUUUCAGAAUAAAUAUUUCAGUUAUUUAAAGCAAAUCUUUCAGGAAAUGAAGUUUUUGGGGAGAUUUUUUUUGUUUCUUUUUGUCUUUUUUUUUUUUUUUUUUUGUGGUUGGUUGGAUAGGGUUUUGUUUCUUUGGUUUUUUGGGAAUUUUUUUAGUAGAUUUUGGUUUUACAAUGUCUUGACAAACUGGAAUGUCUGUAGUGGUAUGCUGGUAAAGUCUUUGAUUUUAAUUUGUGAUUUUCAUUUCACCUAUAGUAGCAGAAGGUGUCAAUUUCAGCAUAGGUUUGGAAAUUCCAUUGAGUCGAAGCACUGUACACAAGCUCUGGGGGCAGAUUUUUUCUUGACAAGAGUGCAAGUGAAAUAUUUCUUUUCAGCAUUGAAGAGAUGAUCUUGAAUUUUUCAGCAGAAUAAUGCACUGGAAUACUUUUGUUACUUAAUAAAUUUUUAUCCAAACAUGACAUCAAGUGCAGUUUUGACACCUGUGUUCCUAGAUGUGUUUAAAACAUUUUGGCAACCUUAGUUUAAAAAUGAAAAAUAGUUUUCAUAACUGUCUUUUAUUUUAGGUGCAGUCUUUUACUGAAGCAGUGCAUAACUUGAUUUUGCUUGAUGACCUCUGCAGAAGUUAAAAAUAAUUUCAUGUUGCUUUGAAACAUAAAUUAUUUGAGCAGUUGUUUCUGUUAGAGUUAACAUUUUGUUUGUUUAUCACUCAGAAUUACUAGAAAGCACUAGUUAGUGAAAUGAAGAGUUCUUACACUGGAACUCCACAGUUUAAAUGAAGGCAGCCUGCUAGUGAGCAUUUUGUGGCUUGGUUAUUUUUUAAAGUUUAUUAGAAAAUAAAAAACCCCAAUGUGUAUUUUUCAAAGUUAACUGCACUGAUGUAAAUUUAAUGUAUUGAACAAUGGUCUUGAAAGUAAGGUCUUCCUAUAUAGUCUUUAUAGAACAAAGAGUACAGAAUACAGUCAGAUGCCAAAGAGAUGGGGGGAUGUUUAAGGAAUAAACACCACUGUUUAUUGAAAUAUUAAAUUGUAUUUCUGGCUGAAAAAUAAAAAAGGUAUUAUAAACAGC